UGUGUGUGUGUGUGUGUGUGUGUGUGUGUGUGUAAACAUGUAUAGUUAUUUUCUCGACGAUCGAUAAGGCAAUUUGAUUGAAAGUUGCGAUAAAUCAUACAUCUUGCGUGCAGUAUUAGUAUGAUUUCCGACACGGACUAGUAGCUAUAUUAUAUAGUGAAUGUGCAAAUAAAAAAUUGUGUGUAAUAUAUCAAGGUAAGUAUGUCUAACAAAUGUUAAUUGUGUAUUAAUUGAUAUUAUCAAUUUUUCAAUGAAUUUAACUCAAUCAAAACUUUUUAGGAAGUUUCAAUGGAACUAAAAAAAAAGCAAUUUUUAAUGUCUACUGGUCAAUCUCUAGAAACAAUUUCGCAUUUUUUGGGACUCAAUCUGUCGAGUUACAUAGGCAGAUUAUACAGUCUUGUAUUGAUAUUAUUGUUCUCUUUUUUAAGUCAAAUAUCUUGGCGCAGUGUUUGCACCGAGCAUUGCGAAAAACAUCUUACCAUAAAAUUCAUGGCAAUCGCGAGAUUCUUCCUAAGUACUUUCUUUGUAUUGACUACGUUGAGCAUAUCUAUAUUUCAUCCAAAACAAUUUGCUUUUCUUCGCGAAGAGAUAUUCAUCAUAGACUCCAUAUUCGAAUCGUACGGUGCGAAAUUCUCAGACGAAGAUAUUUUCUUCACAAAAUAUAUACAGGAUAUCGCAACAGCGAUAAUAACAUUAUUUGUCAUAAUGGAAAAUGCUUAUGAUAUAAUUACGAAUAAUUCAUUUCAAUUGAUAUGCUUCUUUUUGCACGAUUGGUAUUUCUUACUGUAUGAGUUAGUUAUGAGCGGAUUAUUCGCUCAUUAUAUAAACGAUAUAUAUCUAAGAUUCCGCAAAUUGAAUAAAAUUGCGAUAAAAUAUUCGAGGGAGAAUCUAUCCAUUUCGUGUAUCGGUUUCUCUACAAAUUCAAAUUCAUUUAACAAAUGUGAUAGCACUGUAAUUAUCAAGAUCCGAUUACUUCAACAUAUUCAUCAUGAAUUAUACAUUUUAGCAACAAAGACGAAUACAAAUUUUGGUCUGCAGCUUUUGAUAGAUUCUGUUUUAUCUUUGAAUAAUAUAAUUUUCCUGCUUUAUGACAUGUAUCGGGAUAUGGAAAAAGACAACAACAAUACCGGAAUGUUAAUAAUUCCAAUAAUUUUCGUGUCUUUUUAUGCUCUUCGAUUUCUGUACAUCAGUUAUGUUUGUCAACGACUGAGAAAUAAAUUUAGACAAACAGCAAUCAUUUUGCACAAUGGUUUUCUGGAAAAUAAAUCCUCGCGAGCUGAAGUGAUACACUUUUCACUUCAGCUGAUUCAUGAGAAUUUGAUAUUCACUGCUUUGGGAUUGUAUGAAAUUAAUAUUCCUCUCAUAUGCUCUAUCGCUGGAGCUGCAGUAACAUAUCUUGUUAUGUUUAUUCAAUUAGACACAAUAAAAUUUGCUAUUGCAAAUAACAAUGGAACUACUAAAUGAAGUUAUAUAUGAAAAUA